UUUAUUGUUUAUUGCAUAAAAAUAAUUCCCGAAUACAAAACUAAACAAUGGCUCAAAAACGAUCGCUGAACAGCCUUAUUAUUCACCCCGAUGUAGAGCCGGGAGUAAUAGAUAAUGCUAUGCUCAUACGAUGUAUUUUAGAAUGCGGUCCAACUGAAGAGGCUGGAAGGCUUUUUGCUGAGGAAGGUGUGCAUCUAGAUGAGGCUGAAGAAGUCAGGCUUGAAUUCCAGAAGAUUCUGAGAAUUGACCACCUUUGGAUGCUAAGAUCUCUUACAAAGUUAUGUUUAGCUCAUAACUUAAUCGAAAAAAUUGAGAACUUAGAACAGCUAACAGGCCUUAAUGAACUAGACUUGUCUUUCAAUAAAAUUGAAGUAAUAGAAAAUUUAGACGCAUUAGUCAAAUUAGAGGUCUUGACUUUAUUUCACAAUAAAAUAAGGAAAUUGGAGAACCUGGACGCUUUGGAGAAUCUACUCGUUUUCAGCAUUGGCGAUAAUCAAAUAGAAGAUUUCAAAGAGAUGGCGUACCUCCGAAGAUUUCGUAAGUUGCGGUCAGUUAGCUUCAAAGGCAACCCAUGCUGCGACGAUGCCAUGGCCUACCAGUUCCUUAGAGCUGCUCUAUCUAGGGUCACGUAUCUCGAUUACAAGAUCAUUACUGAAGAGGAGAGAGAGGCUGGGAAGGCUAUGUUCAGAGGUAUUAUAAGAAAGAUGGACGAAGCAGACGAGAAAACAGAACAGGAAAGGAUAGCUAAAGAGGAAUAUGAAGCGAAAGUUACUUUCUACGCGUUGUCCUUCGUGGAGUAUCUGAGUGGGCCAGAAAUGUUGGAGACCAUGUUCCAGAAGGACCCUGAUGGCAUGAUAUUGUUAAGCUUCGGAGGGGAGCUCCUUGCUUACUAUGAACAGUACAAAGAAAACUACGUAGAAACAAUGGCUAACUUGGUCGAGUUCGCACAAGGAGCGUACACCGAUAGACAAAAAGAAAUUAAAUUAUUCAAGGACCUUGUGGACAGUGCUUUGGAGGAAAGUGUCGCGAAGAGCAAAAAAGUGUUAGAAGAAUUUGAAGAAAAGAAAAAGCCAGUGAUGGAAAAAGUGAGGGAAAUAAGCGACCAGUUCAACUCGAAACUGAUAACUCUAGAGCAGAUGGAACCGAUGCUGAUAGAACUAGGCGAAUCCUACCAUGAGGUGCUGUACGAAUUGUGGAAAAGUCUCAUGACCACUGAGAUGCAGUUGUUUGAGCAGUGCGAGGACUCCCGCGUCCAAUUCUCAGUGAACAUGACGGAGAUGGUGACGAAGCUACUAGAAUCUUCGCGCAUGGCAUUCGGAGCGUGGCGCGAACACGAGAGUGUAUGGUCUACUCGCCAGUUCGAAGUGCUGUCCAAGUACCUCGGCAAUAAGAUCAUGCUGGGAGACGCGUCGCCUGAAUUAUUUGACGUAAUGAUGGACAGAGACCUGUUAAUGAACCUAGUGGCCGCAUCAUCAGACAACCACAUGCGAUUUAUUGACGCACGCGAGGACCUCCUCAUGACGCGCGCUAAUACAUGGCGUGAUGAUCUUGUCAAGGGGACUAAUGACAACGAGGUAAAACGCAACCGCGACAGAAUUCUGGAGAUCAACUAUUUCAUAGACAAUCAGCGCGAGGAGUGGGCUGAUAUGCACAUGGCACUCACUGAUACUGUCGACCCUGAUACCGUGGCUUUGCUGGGCGAUGACUUUUGAGGAUUGGCGUAAAUAUACUUCGCAUGAUGAUAAAAU